UGACACCAUUAACUGAGCCUACUGCGCAUGUGCACUACGUUCUCUCCUUUACAGACCAGUGACAGACACGUGCAUUCAGCUGCCGCCAUGCACCAUCCUUUUGCUCUUAACUCGGUUCGUCCUAACCUGCCCUUGAGGAAACCAUCGUCGAGCCCCAUGGCUCUUUCCACCGCAGCGCCUCCUCCGAGGUUCACCACGCCCGAUGCAGCACCUGUGCGCCCGGCCUCAGGAGCCAUUGGAGACGGUCCUUUACCUACGGCAGUUAUCAUGAAUGAGUCUCCAUUGUUAGGAUCCAUGCCACCAGCUUUGACUGUAUACUUCUGCAACUACUGUGGUCAACAAGGAAAUUUUAGGUGCAAGCGCUGUAAGAAGACGCCUUACUGCUCUGUGGUGUGCCAAACUGAAGACUGGAAGGCACACAGACACAUAUGCAAGCCCAUUGAUCCAGCACCUGCACAAGAGAAGCCAAAGGAAACCUCAGCUUCACCUGUGACAGCAGACAGAGCUGGCCUGCUCCUGUCAGAGCAUGAUGACGCAUCCAGCCUCAAGAGGGUCUAUUUAAAGGAUUUGCCCAUGACUAUAGUAAUAAAUGGAAAAGAAAUACAGGCAUCAUUAGUAGAGUUCUACAGCCCUGGGAGGUUUUUCCUCCUUGCCCAAAGCCCAGAGUUGCUUGAAGCUCUUCAAAACAUUAGCACAGAGCUUCAGAAAAUGUACAGCUGCCCCUCAGUGACAACAUACAUGCCCUGUGUCGGAGAGGUUUGUGGCGUGCAGUUCUCCAGUGACAUGAACUGGUACCGAGGCCUAGUUCAGAGUUUGGCUGCUGACCAGAAGACGGCUAAUAUCCUUUACAUUGACUUUGGUAAUGAAGAGGAUGUUCCUGUGGAGAGGAUUAAGCCCCUAGCUGAUAAUAUCCAGCCAUAUUGUCCAUGCGCAAUGGAGUGCUGUAUUGCCAGUGUGGUAUCAGUCGGUGGCAACUGGUCCAGGGAGUGCUGUAUGGCAGUGAGACAGAUGUUGGCCGGCAAGAUUGUGACAGUAAAACUGGUAGAAACACUGGAGAAUGGUCGCAUCCAUAAGGUGGAUAUCCUGCUUUCCAUGGGAAUGAAGCUGAGCUCUUUUCUCCUUAAACAUAGUUAUGCAGCAGAGGAAACAGGCAACAUACCAACUGAGCAAGAAAUAAAUGCCAUGGUGACUGCAUCCCUUGAAAACUUUAAAAGUCGCUCUGAUGGGACGGACGACAACACCUGGGCUCAACCUCCUGAGCCGCUGACCCAGGCAGUGGGCGACUCCUUCUCUGUUGUGGUAACCCACAUCCAGUCACCCAACGAAAUUAUUGUGCAGAAGGUUGAAAAUGCUGGAGUGAUUCAGCAGUUACAGCUGCAGCUGAGGGAACACUGCGCUCAGGUCUCCACCCCUCAAAACUUCAGACCUGCCCCUGGCACAGUUUGCUGUGCCCAGUUCUCAGAGGACAAGCAGUGGUACAGGGCUAAAGUUCUGGCGUAUUCAUCGGAGGAAUGCGUCUGUGUCGGUUACCUUGAUUUUGGAAAUUCUGAGGAGGUGGAUUUAGCCUACCUGCGGCCUAUCAGCACCUCACUACUGGCCCUGCCCAUGCAGGCUAUGCCCUGUGGCCUAGCAGGGGUAACGGCUGUUGGAGAGAGCUGGUCAAAGGAUUGUGUGUUGGCAUUGCAGCGAAGAGUAUCAAACAGAAUACUGUGUAUUGAGAUCCAGGGAGCGCACGAGGGCAAAGCUUUAGUAGAUAUGAUUGAUGAGUCAAGUGAUCCUCAGGCUAAUGUGGCGGAGCUGCUGACCUCUGCUGGUUUUGCUGCACCUGCACCUGCUCCUGUUAUCACCAGCAGUGAAGAGCAGGUCAGCCAGACUGCAAGUUCUGCUGAGGAACCCAAAGUGUCUCCUCCAGCCUGUGAGCCUCUGAAGUGGUUUCAUACUGAGCUUCCGCGUGACGGCCGAACAGUGGCGCUGCUAGCUAGCGUUGUGGAGAACCCUGGAGAGUUUUACUGCCGCAUCAACAAUCCUACAGACCAUCAGAGGCUAAUCGAGCUCGGGGCUGAGUUGAAGCAGCAUUGUGAAACGGAGGCUGCUGCUUUUGAGCCCAAAGUUGGAGAGCCCUGCUGCGCCAUGUUCCCUGGUGAUGGAGCAUGGUAUCGGGCCAUGGUAAAAGAGCUGUCUGAAGACAAAGUGUCUGUUAACUUUGUGGACUACGGCUAUAGCAUGAAAGUGGAAAAGAACCAUCUAAGAUCCAUUACAUCCAAACUCCUGAAUCUGCCCUUCCAGUCAGUUCACUGCUGGCUCCAAGGUGUGGAGCCCCAGGGAUCAGAGUGGAGCAGUGAAGCCCUCCUGUGGUUCCAGACUCUGGUGGAUGGCGAGCAGCUCUCAGCACGUGUCCUCUCUGUUACUGAACAAGGCUAUGGCUUGGAGCUGGAGAGCCGAGGGCAGAAUGUGGCAGCAGCCUUAAUUUCUGAGCAACUAGCCAAAGCUCCGGGAGGGCUUCCCAAAGAAACACCUGCAGCCACAGGACCUGCAGACAAACAACAAGAAGAAAUAGAAGAGAACAAGAAUAUCCAAAAAGAAGCACAAGCCUCCAACCAGACAGGAGCCAAAGAGACACCAAGUGAAGGACAGACAGCAGCACUGUCAGAUGCUCCAUCUUUCCAUGUCGACUGGAAGACAUUGGAGCUGCCUUUGAAUGAGAACUUUCAGCCUUACAUCGCAGCUAUCGUUAACCCGUGUCUCUUCUACCUUCUCUGUCUCAGCCAAGUGGACCAGCUGAAACUUCAGGAGGUGAUGAUGGAGCUCGCCGUCUACUGCAGCAACAAGCAGAUCUCUUCAUCUUCUGCUGUCCUGAGCAGACCAGUUCUUGGAGCUGCCUGCUGUGCCCAGUUCUCUGCUGACAAUAAGUGGUACCGUGCAGUGGUCCUGGAGGUCGGCGAGAAUGAGUUGAGUGUCAUCUAUGCAGAUUAUGGAAACACUGAGAAGGUGCCAUUCUCCCGUAUCUUGCCUAUCACUAAGCAUCUACUGCAGCUCCCCUUUCAGAUCACUCGCUGCACCCUCACUGGUAAGGAACACUUCCCUGCAGAGUGGCCAGAGGCAGUGCAUCAAAUGUUUAAGAGCCUGCUGUUGAAUGGUGUCCUUGCCACUGUCCAGUCCUUUGAUGGCUCCGCUAACGUGCUCUCCCUCACUCUGCCUGCUGAGAGCGGCGGGGGUAAUGUCACUGCCAUGAUCUCGGAUGCACUGCAGGCCCAGGCCAAGAUGAAUCCUCACCUAUCCACUGCUGCCACCAAGCCUGACCAAACUGACAGCAGCACAUCUGCUCCUAGCAGCAUUGCAGCUCUACCGGACAGCUCCAAGUCUAAGUCCAUACCUGAAACACAAAAGAGUUUGGAAAAUAUAACAGCUACAACCAAAACCACAGAGCCGGCACCACGGACUAACCAGCAGAAGAGAAACACUCAUGCAGUGUCAGUCCAUGAAGAUCCAGUUAAGAAGAUCAUUGAACAAAUGGAGCCGCCGUGCAAAAUGGAUACAAAAACUAAUGACCCUCAGGCUUCUGGAUGCUGCUGUUUGAGUCUGAAGGCCAAGAUUGACCACCUGGAAGAGCUGUUGCAGCUGCAGCUUUCUCUCAUCCAGCGAGUAGUGGGACAGACUAAAUAAGAUGUAGUAUAUAUGACUAUUUUUCUUCAGCACAUUGUUGAAAACAAGGAUAUUGUGUUUCCAGGAUUAUGUUUCUUUUAAGAAAGAGUUAACUCUUAAUGUGGACUGAUGUGGAGCAGCCACCCAGCUUCUAAUUUUAUGUUAACGUAUUCCAGCAGCUUUUAAUUUUAUUUAACCUUAAUUUUAAUUUUGUCUCUUUAUCACUGAUUUUCAACUCGGUUCAUGGCUUUUAUGUUUUUAACCUGUGGUUGAAUUCAAGUCUCCUUUUCACUUGUAAUAUUUCUGGUGGUUUUCAGAAUCAAUGAUUAAUGCACUUUUUAUUUAGGUUUGUUAAAGUUGGCAGAAAAACACGUUUGAACUAUAUUAUCCAACUGUGUGCUGUGUUUUGCUGUUGUGUCAUCAGUUCCUUUGUUCUGUCCUAACUACCUGCUCAGGUGGGAUGUCCAGCCUGGCUGAUCUAUUUUGACAUCUGUUUGUUAUGCAUAAAAGUUCUGUGACAAAAGAA